UGGCUCUCUUUCCUUAUCCCUAUUCUAAAAUACAAAAAAACCACCACCCUCACAUUGCUUUAUAUAUAUCUCAUUGUUCAUAUAUCUCUAUCUUCUACUAGCACAAAAAAAAAAUGUCUAAUCAAGAAAAUGGUGUAGUCCAGCCAUGGCCAGAUCAACUUAUACUACCCGAUUCAUUGUAUACCGAAAAUAUACGACAACUCCAUUUAUCAAUCGAACAUGAAUGGGAUACGUUGAGACGAUCAGCGUGCCAGGUUGCAGCAGGAAGGGCACUGUGGAGGCAUGUGAUAAAUGAUCCAUUAGCAGAGUUACUAGCAGGGGAGACUUACUUGAAAAGUUUGUAUGAAAAAAUAAAGAGGGAUUGUGUUAAUAAUGCACGAGAGGUUUCUGGUGUUAUGAUUGCAGUUAGAACAUUAUGGUUUGAUCAACAACUUGAGGAAGCUCUUAGUUCCUUUGAUGAUGGUGGCGGAGCAACACAAGUUGUCUUUCUUGGAGCAGGUAUGGAUACGAGGGCGUACCGCUUGAGUUGCUUGAAAGAAAGUGACAUUUUUGAGGUUGAUUUCCCAGAGGUAUUGCAGAUGAAAACUACUGUCCUUAAGGAAGCAACAAAUGAACAAAAGCAGCCAAUGAUGACAGCAAAAUCACUAAAGAGAGUAGCAGCUGAUUUAAGAGAGAAAAAUUGGAUUGAAAAGCUUAAAGUAUCAAGUUUAGACUUAAAGAAAAAUACAGUUUGGGUAUUAGAAGGAAUCCUCUACUAUCUAUCCCAUUGUCAUGCAAUGGAAGUACUCAAUGUUAUUGCUAAAAACACUGCCUCUGCUCAUACAGUACUUUUAGCAGAUUUCAUGAACAAGCAAUCAACCAAAAUGUGCAGCUCCAUUUUCCAUUUCUAUAGUGAUUGGCCUGAUCAGUUGUUGCAGUCACUUGGAUUUUCUCAAGUUAAACUUUCCCAAAUCGGCGAUCCUGACGCCCAUUUCGGGCUGUUGCAUGAUCCGUUAAACUUGUUCGACAAGUUGAGGAGCUUGCCACGGUCGCUACAAACUCAUCCGGACGAUGGAACGCCGUGUUGUAGGUUGUAUUUUCUUCAUGCUUCUGGGGCACCACCUAUUCAAACUAUUCCUUGAAUCAUGUUACUAAAAGAUUAGAAGUAGGACUCAUUAUUUGUUGGUGCCUUUCAUGGCACUAGAAAUACAAUUUGAAUUAGUGAGUGUCACUCAAGCUAUGUUUUGUACUAUAUUUUCUUCUUCAAA